AUGGCCGCUUUGAGGGAAGAGAACGCCGCCUUGAAAAAACGAAACCAGGAUCCCACGUGGAAACCCUCCGAACCGACCCACACCCAGGGGUCGUUCCAUUCCCACGGACAUCACACUUCUCUCCCUCACACCUCUGUAGUCGCCCCGGGAAACCAUGCCUCGGCUGCCCAUGUAACCGGCCAACCCGCGUACGCUCCACCAACCGGAGCACACCGACACCCUUUCACCCCAAAUAUCAUGCAAUCCUCCCUCCUCGACCACUGGAAGUUCCUCACCCAGGUUACUCUCAGCACCACUGACGACGUCGUCGUGUUUCACAUUUUUCCAACAUCUUUGAAGGGAAGAGCAUUGAGUUGGUUCACUCGUCUCCUGGCGAACUCGAUCGACUCUUUUAACACCCUAGCAUCCCAGUUCACUAUCCAGUUUGCCACCAGCAGGCCUCACCAACUAACCUCCCUCGCACUGCAUCUGCAAGAAACCCCGUCUGACAUGGACAAUUUGAGACGCCGUGCCGACAAAUAUAUACAGAUGGAGGAACUUGCGGAAUUUCGCAAUCAGGCCAAGGCGGAGGUAGCGGCCAAAGCCGAGAAGCCGGCCGAAAGCUCUUACCAAAGCUGCCCCAAGGACCUUGUCCCAAGAGACAAGCCUAUUCGUGGACCGAGGUACUCUCAUUACACUCCGCUAAAUGCCAGUCGAUCGGCUGUAUUGGACCAAGCACUUGCUUCGGAGGUCCUGGCAGUACCAAAACGAGCCUCAACCCUUCCACGUGCCGACACAAGCAAGUCCUGUAAAUAUCAUCAUAACCGGGGUCACUAG